GUCAACGAAAAUAUUAAGAUCUCGAAAACCUUCCAAAAAUGCUUUUCGAUACUUUGACGGUAGAAGAUUCCAUAACGAUGCAAAUUCAAAAUACAUAAUGCCAAAUGAUGACGAAGAAGUUGAUAGACUUCAAAUACAGCAUUUUCUUUACCGUAACAUAUGGAAUGGUAAUUAUUCGGCUCCAGUAACCGAGCUUCUCGAGCGUGGCAAUUGUAAAAUUCUUGACGUUGG